AUUGGGAGUGAUGACCGACGGGAAUGGAGCUGGGCCACAUCCGCUAGCAAGCCCAGCACUCAGCCCUGUCCACAGCCCAACCGGCAGCGCCGGUCCAACAGAUGGUGAGACUCGUCUUUUGGAGAUUCUUGCAGGAAUGCAGCAGAACCAGCAGGUGUUGACCGAGCUUCUGAGGAGCCAGUCCGAAUCCCGCGCCGCAGCAGCCGCUGCGACCACAUCCUACUCAGGUCUAGCGGCCAAAGACCUGAGCAAGGUGUUGAGGCAUCCUUCAACCUUUUCUUGUCAGACCCGAGAUGAGGAGCUGAUCAAGUGGCCAGCAUGGUCUUGGGAGUUUGAGCAGUAUUUGGGGACCUUAGAUAAGGAGUUUCAGGUGGACUUCACUCGCUUGAAAUCGAAUCCGAAAACUGAAGUUCUCCCUGCACAGCUGAGCGCCACUGAGCUCGACAGGUCACGCAUCAUGUAUGGCCUGCUUGCAUCGCUUUUGAACGACCGUCUGAAGCGUCUUCUUAAGACUGUGUCUGACAAUAACGGGUACGAAGCAUACCGCUUGAUCUCGCUUGACCUUCGCCCUUCAUCCCGCACCAGAGCCUUAGCCCUCAUGCAGACAAUCCACAAUUGGCCUGUGUUCGACAACAAGCAAGGCCUCCUGACUCAGGUUGUUAGGCUUGAGCAGGCGAUGGCAGAGUAUGACUCGAUUGCAUCACAGGCCAUGUCCGAUGAUCAGAAGGUUGUUUCGCUUCUGAGAUGUUUAACAGGCCAACUUCGUCAGCAUGUGAACUUGACCAUGGAAGACUCCUGGACAUAUGCCGAGUUGCGAAGUUUGGUUGCUCGAUAUGAUGCUUCUUCGUCAAAGUGGAGUGCGUCUGUUGCAGCGACUUAUGGCCUGUCAGAGGGCAAAGGUGGUGUGCUUGUGAAUGCGCCUGCAGCAUCCAGUGAAGCCGUUCCAAUGGAAAUCGACCGUCUUCAAAAGGUUGAAGACGCCGCUGUUGCUGAUAACAGCGCUGCACAUGCUGACACAGCCGUGUCAGCUGCCCCUGCCAAGGCGAAACCUGCUGCAAAGCCCCAGGUGAGACGAGUCACCUACAACCUCGAUGACUUUGAUGAGUCAGCCGGAGGUGAGAUCCGCAUGGUGUCAGGUUGUGAUUCUUGUGUGGAGAGCCAAGACGAAGUAGACAGGCAAAGCAAGGGAGCUUCGGGUUUCUUUUGCAAAGCGCUGAGCAUCUUUUCACGUUGUGUGCCAUCGAGGUGGUGCGUUUUCCACAAUGCAUUGCCGAGUGAUGCACAGAGCGAGGCUGAGCACGCUUCGGGCGUGUGUCAGCGUGAUGUGGCUGAGCACGCUUCGGGCGUGUGUCAGCGUGAUGUGGUUGAGCACACUUCGGGUGUGACCUCGACCAGUGGAUCAGUGCGCAUGGUCCAGCAGAAUGCCGAGCAUGGCAUGGAGAUCGAAGUCAUAAUUGACUCAGGUGCUGACGCCUCUUGUCUACCGCAAAACCUCAGCAUGCUUGGAGUUUCCUCUGGAAGGCCAUGGGAAGGUUUUCAAGAUGCCCAGGGGAAUCAGCUGCUAGUUCACGGGACUAGGCGAGCUGAGCUGAGCUUCGGUGAUCAGCCUGGAUUCACCGAAACGUUCUUGGUUGCUCCCCACAUCACCACACCUCUUCUUGCAGUUGGGAAGUUGUACCGCGCCGGAUUCAGCAUGGUGAACAAAAAUGGAAGCAUGAGUCUUUGCAGCCCUAACGGAGAGAUCCAAAUCCCAUUGCAUUUCAGGCAGAAUAGCCUUGCUGCACGAUUGCAUGUGCGUGUGAUCCAGCAGGAUGCAUCCCGUGUCCGUGCUGUGAAGUGCACUUUGGCUCUUCCUGAUUACUUUGUGCAGAUCAGUGAAGAUGUUUUCGGCAUGCGUGGAUUUGGAAACCGGUUCGUUGACAUCACGAUGGCGUUGCCUCAUGAGGGUUGCAGCUUCAGGAGCACUGUUGCUAAGUGCCCCGAACCCAAUCAGUGGGAGAUUCUUGAGUGGUGCGAGAGCAUCGUUGAUGAGCCACAACAGCAUGCAGCCGUUGCACCCGAUCCCGGGGCCGAACUGCAAGUUGAUGCAGCCCUGCGUGACGAGGUUGCAGCAGAUGAUGAUGGGACACUCGUCGUUGACGGUGUGUCGUUGAGCCUUGAAUCGACCCUUGCUGUUUUGAGGCAAGCUGCUCAGUCACUGGGGCUUGGUCGUUCCGGUGGUAAGUCCACUGUGCUGAAGCGCAUUAGAGAUCACUUAGCCCGCCAGGACUUGAUUGCUGCCCAUCAGGCCCGGCAGCAGCUUGCUGCUGCUGAAGAGCGUGUGCCAGUGGAGCAGAAACAUGUUACAGCACCAAGUGAAGAUGCAUACCGUCAACACUGCCUUACCCACACACCCUACAGAGAGUGGUGUGCCCACUGUGUUGCCUUCCGUGCACGGUCCGACAGGCAUGAGGCCAAGACCGAAGACCAUCGUGCAAGUUCCGUCUUGUGCUUUGAUUUUGCAUAUACCAGUAGGGUUGAUGGGGGUGACAAGUUGUGCUGCUUGGUUGCAUACGACACGCAGACUAAGUGGUUGCAGGCAUGGCCGGUGCCGAGCAAAGGUGGAACUGCUUGCCGUAACUACAUGGCAGUUGAGCUGACCAAGCUGCUGUCGUACCUUGGGCACAGACGAAUCACCCUUCGUGCCGACCCAGAGGGGUCAUGCACUGCGCUUGCGAAUGCAGUCCAGGCACUCAGGCACCGCAUUGGCAUGGAGACCCACAUUGAACAAACCCCAGUGGGGGAGCACCAAUGCAACCAUGCAGAGGGUGCCAUUGAGCGCAUCAGACAACUUGCAGGGACAAUGCUCUCUGAGCUCGAGGGCAGAUUGAACAUCAAGAUCAAGACCUUCGACCCGUUGCAUCACUGGUGUUGGCGUCAUGCCAGCUGGACCCUUCAACGGUUUGGUGUCACGCAAAACCUCACACCAUGGGAGAGAGUGCAUGCAUCACCAUAUGGAGGCAAACUUGUCCGUUUUGCAGAAUGUGUCCUGGCACGUGUGAAGACUGCUACAAAGGGCAAACCUCGGUGGCUUCGGGCCAUGUGGUUGGGGAAGUCAGAUGUUUCUGAUUGUCACCUUGUUUGCACUUCAUCAGGUCGCCUUGUGGUCGCCAGAUCAGUCCGUCGAACCACAUGUGAGUAUGAUCCCAGCCUCUUGCCUGCAUUGCGAGACACACCUGACAAGCAUGUGUCAUUCCUUGCUGGACGUGUCGGAGCAAGUCGCAACCAACUUGCACCAAAGCCAGUCACAGAGGAAGGCCCUGGCAGUGGGAGUGAGGUUGCAGCCAGCGACCCGCCAACAGAGAAUGAAGAUGUCUUCGACAAUCCCCAUGACAUUGCCCUCGCCCCUUCUUCUGUGAGAUUGCCAGCCGAUGGCAUGCCUGCGACUCCCGAUUAUCGACCUCCUGCCCAGGUUCAUGAAAGAGCUGAAUUUGAUGGUGAUGUUCAGGAAGCAAAGCGCCAGAGGAUCCGGGCAGUGAAUUCCCAUCACCACAACGAUGAAGUCGUCCACUUAGAAGACCUAGGCCUUGGGUCAGACACUGACCUCAACGAGUCAGUUGAGGAUCCGCCUGCUUGGAAUGCAACCGACAAUUUCGAAGAUGCCAAGAACAUCCCUGAAGAGUUGUGGAGGCCUUUUGGGGCCGGUGAGCCUCAGCUGUCAAGUGAAGAAUUGGCUCACAUUGACGACAUAGCUGAAGCAUUCGAGUUAGCCCGACUUGAAACCAUGAAUGUUCUUGAAAGGCUACCUGCCACAGCUGACUUCAGCGGGUUUAAGCGUCUAAGCACAAAAAUGGUCAAAACUUGGAGAGUGAAACCAUCGCCGAAGGGAGGUGGAGAAGCUUUCCUUCGUCGGGCCCGUUUUGUCGCCCGUGAGUUCAGGUGGCUCAGUGCCAUGGUGGACAACGAGGUGUUUGCACCUGCAUCGUCGAAUGCACUUCUUCGUGUGCUGCCAGCUGCGCUUGUUGCACGUCAGCCUGAGGGCUGGACAGCCCUAUCUUUGGACGUUGCAGAUGCUUAUCUGACGGUUCCGCAAGCCGUCGAUACCAUCGUUACCAUAUGGGUGAGAGGUGAGCAAAGAUACUACAAGCUACUCCGAAACCUCCCAGGCCAACGCUCAGGAGCCAAGGAUUGGUUCCAAGCGUUUCAAGCACACCUGAUAAAGGAAAUGGCCAUUGAACCGCUGGUGGAAGCCCCAGCACUGUUCUCCAUUCCUGGAGGUUCAGAUGAGGGCCAUGGCGGGGGAGGCACGCUUCCUUUAUGGACACAGCUAACGCCGCUUGAUGAGGAGAAGUCAGGAAUCUACAGAAAGUGCAUUGGGGUGCUGCUUUAUGUGUCAAGCGAUUAUCCUGCUGCACAGUAUGCAAUAAAGACAUUGAGCAGCAUGUGUGGGAGUCCCAAUGAGGGUGCAUGGCGGUGUCUGCGCCACCUGGUGAACUACAUGUUCUUCCACGAGAAUCAUGUCACUUGCCUUCGGACUGAGGGCAAAGGCAUCGGCCUGGUUGUCCGAGAUGAGACCCACACCUUGGAGGUGUUCGCUGAUGCUGAUUGGUCAGGGAACAAAUCAACACGAAAGAGCACCAGUGCCGGAUGCAUAGCCUUCGAUGGGAUGGUGAUUCACACCUUUUCCAGAAGCCAGAGCUGCGUGAGUUUAAGCAGUGGAGAGAGUGAAUAUAUCGCAUGCGUGAGUGCUACAUGCGACGGCAUCCUCCUUCGCAGUGCCCUGCAGCACAUCAUGCGUGUUGAUGUGUCCAUGCACCUGUUCACAGAUUCCAGCGCAGCUCGGGGGAUCAUGGGAAGGCAGGGAUGCGGACGUCUUCGCCAUAUCUCCGGACGCUUGUUAUGGUUGCAGGAUUUCUUGUUCAAGUGGAAGAAAGCGUCGCUACACGCAGUACCGACCCUGACAAAUCCUGCUGAUUUGUUUACAAAGUCCUUGACAGGAGCCCGUGUCCGUACCUUGAGCCACAUCCUUGGAAUCCGUGAUUCACACGAUGGAUUUUCAUUGGUCGGGACAACUGAGUUUGAGGAACUACAACGCCGUGAGCAGGCAAAGAAGUUUCUUCGUGCUGUGAGGAGCACAGGUCGGGGGAAUGCCGAGGCGUUGCAUCUUCUUGCAUUGCUGGUUCAGGUCGUGGGUAACAAGGCUGCGGAUGAUGAGGACCGAGCACAGUUUGUGCCUGACUCGCCCGCAUCAGCAGGCGAGGAUGCAUACCCAUGGACCAGCUUUGCCUUCGUUGUCACCUUAACAGUUUGCAUCGCAUUCAUGCUUGGCCGUGCCAGCGCCAACAUGAACUUUGCAUCCCUUUUGGAGUGGCCCUUAGUUAGGUGGGUACGUAGUUGGUUUAGGCUUGAAGCAACAGAGGCUGAGCAACCAUUGCUAGCCGAAGCGCCUGCUCUUGCAGAGAACCUUGACACCACAUCAGAAAGUAGCCGUGAAAGUCUAGGCUUACAACAUUAUUCGCCACGAACUCGUGCAGAAAUCCUCGGUCGAUCGCCGCCUGCGACACCGAGUGACUCUGAGCACGAAUCUGAGCAGCCAGACUCAGAACCAGAAGAUGACGAUGACGACGUGUAUCCUGGAGGCCAUGGACCAGCCUACCAAAACCAGGCAGAGCUGGUUGCACUUUAUGAGAUGGUUGGUGAAGCAGCAGCCAUCGAUGUGUGA